GUAGGCGGCGGCGGUGGCGGCGGCGGCGGUGGCGGCGGUGGCGGCGGCGAAAGAGCGGCCCGGGCGGCCUCGGAGCUGGGCUGCACAGAGCGGCUGCCGGAGCCGAGGAACGAGCUUCUUGGCGCUGGUUUUGAGAUGAUGGGAUUGGGAAACGGGCGUCGCAGCAUGAAGUCGCCUCCCCUUGUUCUGGCUGCCCUGGUGGCCUGCAUCAUUGUCUUGGGCUUCAACUACUGGAUUGCGAGCUCCCGUAGUGUGGACCUCCAGUCACGAAUCCUGGAGCUGGAAGGCAGGGUCCGCAGGGCAGCUGCGGAGAGAGGUGCUGUGGAGUUGAAAAAGAAUGAGUUCCAGGGAGAGCUGGAGAAGCAACGAGAGCAGCUGGACAAGAUCCAGUCUAGCCACAACUUUCAGCUGGAGAGUGUCAACAAGUUAUACCAAGAUGAGAAGGCGGUUUUAGUGAAUAAUAUCACCACAGGUGAGAGGCUCAUCAGAGAUCUGCAAGACCAGUUAAAGGCCCUGCAGAGGAACUAUGGCAAGCUGCAGCAGGAUGUGCUCCAGUUUCAGAGGAACCAGACCAACCUGGAGCGGAAGUUCUCCUAUGACCUGAGCCAGUGUAUCAACCAGAUGAAAGAGGUGAAGGAGCAGUGUGAAGAGCGAAUAGAAGAGGUCACCAAAAAGGGAAAUGAAGCUAUAGCUUCCAGAGACCUGAGUGAAAAAAAUGACCAAAGACAGCAGCCCCAGGCUGUCAGUGAACCUCAAACCAGACUGCAGGAAGCAGGCCUCCCACAGGCACAGUUGCCACAAGGGAAGGGAAAUGUGCCUGGCAAAGGCAAGUCCCAGACACCAGUUCCCAGUUUAGAGGUGGUUUUGGAUUCGAAGAGACAAGGUAAGAAAGAGGAAACCAAUGAGAUCCAGGUUGUCAGUGAGGAGGAGCCUCAGAGAGACAGCCUGCAGCUGCCCCAAGAACCACACCAAGGACAGGCUGUAGAAAGACCUGUGGGUGGAAGAGGCUUUGGGAGAGCAGAACUCAGCCAAACUGCACAGGUGCCAGAAAAUCAGGAGAGUGAAGACCCAGAGCGGGACCAACUUGUUAUUCGAGAUGGGCAGGAGGAACAGGACACUGCCAGGGAAGGCAAAAACCAGCAAAGACUAGCAGAUGAUGACUACAACAUGGAUGAAAAUGAGGCAGAAUCCGAAACAGACAAGCAGGCAGCCCUUGCGGGGAAUGACAAAAACUUAAAUGUUUUUAAUGUUGAAGACCAGAAGAGAGAUAUCAUAAACUUACUUGAUCAGCAUGAAAAGCAGAAUCAUACACUCUAAAUCAAACUGGAAUCACAUACUACAUAUCAGGACUGAACAGAGAUCACUACAGAAUAUUCACGAGUGACUGAGUACUCAAAACUGUGAAAUGUACUAGGUAAAUUGUACAUCUAAAGAUGAUUAUUGUACAGUUUUAGUAUGUACUUUCUAUAGGAAAAUGUGGUAAGACAGUUUUUUUGGGGGUACUUUUAAAGUGUCUAUGAUAGGAUGUCAAAAUCUGUCACACUUUUCUGGCUAAUAGGGCUAUCAUAAGGUCAACACCAAAAGUAGAAGACAAGUUCUUCUAGUAUGGUGACAAUCAGCACCUCUUUAUUCUGGAAUAUAACUCUGUAGGAGAGUUCCCCUCAUAUGAAGGAGAGAUGGGUUACAUACAGAGAACUCCCUGGGUUCCCUCUGGAGUCCUCUUCUCUACAUACUGUGCCAAGUGCUAGUGCCAGCCCCUUGUUUCUGUUCUCACUGGCACACAGUGAAUGACUAGCUAAUUGAUUCCUAUGAUCAAUGACCUAGAGCUCUGACUGUUAACACAAAAUCAGUAGAAACAGUUUUAAACAAGCCUAAAUACAAAGGUGUUUUAUGUGAGAAUUUUAAAAACACUACUUAAAUAAAAUGUUGUCAUUUCUAAUGUACAAGAGGCUACCUUCCAAGUGACUUAUAAUUUGAACAUUUUUGGUCUUUACUUUCUUUGCUUUCUAUGUGUGAGCAAAGUAAAACCUUCUCCAAUAAGUAUGUAUUGCCAAGUAAUGACUGGAUUAGACUUAACAGAGCUGGUACCUGCAUGCCUACAGCAGAGCAUGGACAUACAGGUACGGCACUGAGAACAGAUGUACACCUGCUCUUACCCAAGUCAAAGAAAAAAGUUGACUGGUGUUGCAGGACACAUGCAGUGUUACAAAUUGGGAAUGGUUAGAAAGGUGAGAGAAAUGCCGUAGUUGUUUUUGUCAUAGUUUUACAUAUUUAGCUCCUGGUAAAUGACUUACAAAACUGAUUUAAAAAUCGAGUUAAUAAAAUGAUUUUAAACAUAA